AUGGCUGUUGCAGGGAUAUGUAACUGCAGAGAACAAAAUGUGCCUCUUUCUCUUUUGGUAUUUUUGUUAUUUUGUGGCCUUGCAUUUGGACAAAUACGCUUUUCUAUCCCGGAAGAACUGGAAACUGGGGCAAUCGUAGGGGACCUUGUACAGAAUUUGGGUUUGGAUAUUCGAAAGCUCUCCACCCGAAGAAUUAAAGUAACCUCUAGCAAUGGGAAACGGUACGUGGAUGUCAACCCCAAGAAUGGAAAAUUAUUUGUCAAUGAGAGAAUCGACCGUGAGAGCUUGUGUGAUGUCAGUAGCACCUGCCUUUUGAAUUUUGAGGUGCUCGUUGAAAAUCCCUUAGAAGUGCACAACGUCGAGGUGGAGAUAACGGACGCGAAUGACAAUACCCCGCAGUUCCCCAGAGACGAAUAUCAGUUGGAAAUUACAGAAUCGGCUUUGCCGGGGUCUCGUUUCCCUAUCGAACACGCACAGGAUCCAGACUUGGGGUCUAACUCUGUUCGACUGUAUCGACUUAGCCCGAACGAACAUUUUGCGCUUGACUCCAACAAACCCUCUUUAAAUACCAAGCACGUCGAGCUCGUGCUAAAGAAGCCACUGGAUCGCGAACAGACGCCUUAUCAUCAGUUAAUCCUGACAGCGGCAGACGGCGGUACACCAGCAUUGACAGGUACCACUAAAAUUAAUGUGCGCGUCCUGGAUUCCAAUGACAAUGUUCCCAUGUUUGACAGCUCUGUGUACAAAGUUAAAUUACUGGAAAAUUCACCAAAAGACACACUGGUCAUUAAGCUUAAUGCCACUGAUCUGGAUGAGGGCACAAAUGGAGAAGUGUUUUAUUCCUUCAGCAGCUACACCCCUGAGAGGGUCAGACAAAUGUUCAGCAUGGAUACCAACACUGGUGAGAUCAGGGUCAGAAACAACGUGGACUAUGAAGAUACCAACUCUUAUGAAAUGUACAUCCAGGCUAUGGACAAAGGCCCAGCUGCUGUCGCUGCGCAUUGUAAAGUGGUGGUGGAGGUAGUAGAUGUGAACGACAAUGUUCCUGAGAUUGUCCUCUCUUCCCUGUCUAGUCCUGUGCGAGAGGAUGCCCGUGCCGACACUGUGGUAGCCCUUAUCAGCGUUACAGACCGAGAUUCUGGUCCAAACAAGCAGGUGAGCCUGGAGAUCCCUCCUGGUCUACCCUUCAAAAUCAAGUCCUUUAGAAACUAUUACACAUUAGUUACCUCUGCCUUUUUGGAUCGUGAGACCACAGCAGCGUACAAUGUCACACUCAGCGCCACAGAUGGCGGAACGCCGCCCCUCUCCUCCCAGAAAACCAUCCAGAUCGAUGUGGCUGAUGUCAACGACAACCCCCCACGUUUUGAGCAGACAUCUUACACGGUUUACGUGAUGGAGAACAAUGCUCCUGGAGCAUCGCUCUGCACAGUCAAGGCCCACGAUUCAGAUGUCAACGAAAACGCUCGCAUCACCUACACCGUCCUGAAUGACAACAACCACGGAAUCCCCGUCACCUCCUACGUGUCGGUCAAAGCUGACACAGGUGUGGCCUACGCUCUCCGCUCCUUUGACUUUGAGUCCCUUCGGGAGUUUCAUUUCCAGGUCAAAGCUCAGGACGGGGGCAUACCGCCUCUUAACCGGGUGGCCACGGUGUAUAUCUACGUGAUGGAUCAGAAUGACCACGCGCCAGAGAUUGUAAACCCUCCGGCCAACGGCACACGCUCCACGGAGACGGUGUUAAAAAACGCAGAGCCAGGGACUUUGAUUACUAAGGUAGCGGCAUAUGAUGCAGACGCAGGGCAGAACGCCUGGCUUGUAUAUGUCUUCGAUCAGGCCACUGACCUGGAUCUGUUUAAGGUUCACGAGCACACAGGUGAGGUCCGGACGACGCGCAGGGUUCUAGAGGACAAUUCUACCUCCUUUAGUUUAAUCGUGCUUGUUAAGGACCAUGGACAGCCCCCGAUGUCUUCUACUGCUACCAUCAACGUGGCAGUUAUGGAAGUGCCACCCAAAGUGACACCUGACCCCAAGAAGAUCAUUCGACCACACAGCACUCUGCUCUUCUCUAAUGUUACAUUGUAUCUGAUUGUGGCUUUGACUGCCACAACCUUUGUGUUCCUGGUGACAGUUGUGGUGUUGGCCAUCGUGCGAUGUCAUGCCUACUGCACCCAGCCUGGCUCCUGUUCUCCAUGUUGCGUGUCACAGAAGACCCCCCCAGAAAGUGGCUCAGGGGGUGGGGGAGGUGGUGGUGGUGGUGGAGGGUCGCAACCUAAUAACAACGUGGUUCUACGCCGUGACCUCAAGGUUGAGCCUCAUUACAUCGAGGUGCGGGGCAACGGCUCUCUGACCAAAACGUACUGCUACAAGACCUGUCUGACCGCCACAUCUGGUAGCGACACCUUCAUGUUCUACAACACAGGCCGGCCCAUCAGCGGAACCUGGGGCUCUGAACGCUUCUUCACAGGUGGGAGCGGCUUCGUACGGAGACUCAGCAUGCCGGAUGCAGCCCUCCAGGUGUGUCCCACCUCACCCAAGGGUCCAAAUGCUGACUGGCGAUACUCUGCUUCUUUGAGGGCAGGGGUGCAGAGUUCAGUCCAAGUGGAAGAGUCUUCAGUGAUGCAGGGGGCCCAGGGAAUGCUGGUCCAGAACUGGCCCACUGUCUCCAGUGCUGCAGAUGGGGAAGGAGGAGGUGAACUGUCUCCUCCUGUUGGGGCUGGCAUCAAUAGUAACAGCUGGAGUUUCCGCUACGGGCCUGGGCCAGGCUACGGCCCCCCUCAAGCCCUGAAACCGGGCGAAAUCCCCCCCGAAGCGUUCAUCAUCCCGGGCUCCCCCGCCAUCAUCUCCAUCCGCCAGGAGCCAGGCGUAGCGGAUGACAAAGGCGAGUUCAUUACUUUCGGCAAGAAAGAGGAGUCUAAGAAGAAGAAAAAGAAGAAGAAGGAGAAAAAGGACAAGAAAGAGAAAGAAAAAGAAGAUGGAGAGGACUAG